AAGUGUAAGCUGAACAGACUCUGAGCGGUGGCUUUCAGCUCACAGGACAUUCUACCUGGUUCUCCUUUUGUGGCUCAUGUGCUGCAUCCUCUGCCCUCAGUGUGCAACCGGCCCCCAACGCAAUGUGUGUUUGUCAAACCAUGGAAGUGGGGCAGUAUGGCAAGAACGCAAGUCGGGCCGGAGACCGGGGAGUCCUCCUGGAGCCCUUCAUCCACCAGGUGGGCGGACACAGCAGCAUGAUGCGCUACGAUGACCACACUGUGUGCAAGCCCCUCAUCUCCCGGGAGCAGCGCUUCUACGAGUCCCUCCCUCCCGAAAUGAAGGAGUUCACCCCUGAGUACAAAGGCGUAGUGUCUGUCUGUUUUGAGGGAGACAGCGAUGGUUACAUCAACCUGGUGGCCUAUCCAUAUGUGGAAAGUGAGACCAUGGAGCAAGAUGACACACCAGAGCGGGAGCAACCUCGGCGCAAACAUUCACGCCGGAGCCUGCACCGGUCAGGCAGUGGCAGCGACCACAAAGAGGAGAAAGCCAGUCUGCCCCUCGAGCCCUCUGAGAGCUCCCAAGAGGCGAAGAGUCCGAAGGUGGAGCUGCACGGCCACUCAGAUGUCCCUUUCCAGAUGCUGGAUGGCAACAGCGGGCUGAGUUCUGAGAAGAUCAGCCACAACCCCUGGAGCCUGCGCUGCCACAAGCAGCAGCUGAGCCGCAUGCGCUCCGAGUCCAAGGACCGGAAGCUCUACAAGUUCCUUCUGCUGGAGAACGUGGUGCACCACUUCAAGUACCCCUGCGUGCUGGACCUGAAGAUGGGCACCCGGCAGCAUGGCGAUGAUGCAUCUGCCGAGAAGGCAGCCCGGCAGAUGAGGAAGUGCGAGCAGAGCACAUCGGCCACGCUGGGGGUCAGGGUGUGUGGCAUGCAGGUGUACCAGCUGGACACAGGGCAUUACCUCUGCAGGAACAAGUACUACGGCCGUGGGCUCUCCAUCGAAGGUUUCCGCAAUGCCCUCUACCAGUACCUGCACAACGGCCUGGACCUGCGGCGGGACCUCUUCGAGCCCAUCUUGAGCAAACUGCGGGGCCUGAAAACCGUGCUGGAGCGGCAGGCCUCCUACCGCUUCUACUCCAGCUCCCUGCUGGUCAUCUACGAUGGCAAGGAGUGCCGGCUGGAGCCCUGCCUGGACCGCUGGUCCGAGAUGCGUCUCAAGCACCUGGACACAGGCAUCCCAGAGGUGGCCUCACCCUGCAGUUCCAGCACCAGCCCUGACGUGGGUCCCUCCUCUCCGCCCAAGGUGGACGUCCGCAUGAUCGACUUUGCACAUAGCACAUUCAAGGGUUUCCGGGAUGACCCCACUGUGCACGACGGGCCCGACCGGGGCUAUGUGUUUGGCCUGGAGAACCUCAUCAGCAUCAUGGAGCAGAUGCGAGGCGAGAACCAGUAGGCCCAGCUCUGGGCCCCAGAACCCCUUCCUUCACCCACAGGCAGGGACCAUCGCUCUGAACUCGCCGUGAGGACACACAGACUUUGCUUUUAAAGGGUUAUAUUUCUCUUUGGUGUAAACUAAAAGAAAUGUUUUUAGCUGUAGCCUGGAAUCCAUAUAUAUCCACAGUGAAGGAGGCAGAACAGAUCCUCUCAGCCAGGCUUCUGAGCUCCGGCGGCUCUGCUGCUGUGUCCAGGCUAAUGUAGGAAGGAAGACGUGCUCUUGGACCCGGGCUUCUCAAGCCUGGGUCUUCGGGGGCUGUGGCUGCAGGGCCCUGGGGUUUGUAGGGUGAAGCCUUGGGCUGGCUCAGGGCCCCUCCUUACCUACUCAUCCUUGGUCCCCCAGGAGUGAAGGGGACUGGGUGCCUGACUGAACGUUUACAGUGUUGCACUCUGGUCAGCCAGCUUUUUAACAGGUGUUCCAGGGGACCGCAGGCCAGAUGACACCGCUCUGGAGGCUGCUGCUCCCGCUGACCUUGGCUUGGGGCCCCCUCAGAGGACAGGCUCCUGGGUUCCCUCAGUACCCCAUGGCACUUGAACCUGUUCCUCCUUCUGCCUUUGUGCCCCAGCCAGCCUCUCCCGAAGCCCUUGCUUUUGGAGGCCACCCUGCCUGCUGCCUCUCUGCUGAGGAAGGUGGUGCCCCAGCAGGCCUCAGCCUCUGCGAGCUGUGGCCCACACAGUGUUUGCAGUUCCUGUGCUCUGGGGGGUGGGGCUCUUGGCACUUGGGCAGCUUCUCCCAGGGCUGCAAGUCCCCCCAGGGUCUCACCUUUCCCCAGACCCAAUUCCAGGCCAGCACUGGUGGGAGCAGGUUCAGGCCCUGGACCUGGAGGGAAAGCCUGCUCUUUGCUCACAGGGCACUGCCUGCACCCCGGACACAGGUGCCCAGACCCUACUAAUGGAAGCCUAGUCUGUCCGUGUGUUCAUCUGCCAGCCUCUGUCUCAGGGGUCCGUUCUCUGGGGUGUCGCCUUGCUCAUUAGUAGAUACUGCUUUCAGCAAAAGCCCUCUCCCUCCUGAGGUGAGCCUGUAGUCCUGUGCCCUGCCCCAGCAGGUGCUCACCCUACACAAAGAGCGCGCUGGCCGCAGAGUGGUGAGAGAUGUUGCCCUGCGAGCUCAGCACCCUCCACGGGCCUGGCACGUGGGCCCUUUAGCACUGACAGUGGUGCAGUGAAGGCCCACCAGGGGCCUCCACUCCCCCCCCACCCCCAAAUGGUUUGUCAUUUUUGCUGUGAGACCUGCUGGCUGUCAAGUGCAUGGUCAGGAGGUGAAGCUGCAUCUUCCAAGCCCUUGCUGAGAGCCCCCGUCACUGGGGCGUGCCCCUGUGGGGUGUUAGCGGUGAGCUUGUGGGGCUGUGUCUGCUGAGCAGCUUUGGCACCAAGGGGUCAUGUCCCCUGUCCUCAGUGACACAGCCUCACUUCUCCCUGCAUCGCUCAGCCCUGACCCUGUGCUGGUCGAUGGUGAGCAGGUCCCCAUUCCUUGGGGCUGGAGGACCAGCUUGCCCAGUUCUGGUCAGUAAUGACCACUUUCUCUCUCGUACCAUUCUGGAUUUAGUCACAGAGGCAUAGUUGCUAGUGUAGACAGUCAUUUCCUGUCAAGACAAAGGAUAAGAUAAGACACAGGGUCUGGUGUCACUCUGGACUCUGAUCGAACCUGUCCAGCUGUGCACCUCCAUUAAGUCUGGGAGCGGAUGCUGCCCUCUUCUGCUGCUCUUCAUAGUGAGAAGGCUGCACCACUUCUGCUCAGUGUUUUCUUGGCACUAAAGAGAGCAAGCAGGCCUGGGGUUUGCUGCUGUCAUCGCCCCCCCCCCCCCCCCCCCAAGGGCAGGGCUCCUCUUCUCAGCACUUUCCUUACCUGGAGACAGAAGCCCUAUUGUCCCGGGGUGGGGGUCGGGGGCAUGUGUGUGCAAACUUCUGCCACCCCGCCCCCCAGCCCCCUUCCUUCCAGGCCAGAGCCGUUUCUGCCAGGGUCUGCCUUCCCAGCCCCAACUUGGGACCAAAGUGCAACGUGGGAUCACGGGUUGGGCGCACCAGGUGACCCCUCUCUACCGUGCUUCCCAGGGCCAAGCUGACACCAGCUCCUGGGGUGAGGGUGGGGCGGGCAGGGGCGGUGCUUACAGAGAAAGGGGACCAGUGUAGCAGCUGGCCAGGGACCCCGCCCCUCCCACUCAGGGCUUGUGCAAUGGCUGUGGGGUUUUCCCAUGGGGCUAGGCCUGGGCUAGAUGAUUAGCCACUGCUCACGUGCGCACGCCAGGCCAUAUGCACGUUCCCUAGAAGCAGACUGCUUUGAACUUUAUGUAGAAUUUGGUAUUGUGACAAUUUAAAAAGUGUUUUGAGGGGCGGGGAAAAAAAUCUGAGAACCCUGGGAGGGACCGGCCUGAUUCUUUUGCUUCUCUGGAAACAGGAAAGCCUGGCCUUUUGGGAAUCGCUUUCUACGCCUCUUUCCUGGAAGCUAACACGCCCGCCGUCCACGUCGCCGAGGCCCGCGCCCCGAUGCUACACGUGGCUCCGGCCGCGGCUCCGCGCAAUUGCCUUUUGUCGGGACCUUGCGUGCGGAGAGUGGGUCUCGGCCAAGCUCGCCUUUCUGUGCACCUAGCGCUGUCCACCCUGCUUGUGUCUGAGGUCGUGUUAUGUCCAAAUAAAGCCGCUAGAAAUUAA